UUUGGUUUUGUGCCCUCACAAAGAAGGCAUAGAGAUAGAUGAUCAUGGAUAACCCUAAACACAUAUUUUGGAGUCUGGCAACGGUGACGUUACUCUUCCUUGGAGUUAUUUUGAUGUAUCAUUGGUCCUCCUCUUUCUCCAAUGAAUUAGUCCUAACCAAGAAAGAACUUUUCUGCAAGCAAUCAAAUUUUACCACCACCACCAAUACAGAAGCAAUUGGAGAUGCCCUUGAUUCUGCUUUAGCCAAAGCUUCAAUGGGAAACAAAACGGUGAUAAUAACUAUAGUAAAUAAGGCAUACGUAGAGCAAGAUGUAGAGAGUGAUAAAACUAUGUUCGAUAUAUUUCUUGAUAGUUUUUGGCUUGGAGAGGGAACAAGGUCUCUCAUUAAUCACCUUCUCAUAGUAGCGGUUGAUCAAACAGCCUAUGAUCGAUGUCAAUUUCUAAAGUUGAAUUGCUUCAGAUUGGUAACAGAUGGAGUUGAUUUUGAAGGUGAGAAAAUCUACAUGUCUCAAGACUUCAUCAAAAUGAUGUGGAGAAGGACUUUCUUCCUCUUGGAAGUUCUCAAACGUGGCUACAAUUUCAUUUUCACGGACACAGAUGUAAUAUGGCUAAGAAAUCCAUUUAUAAGAUUAAGUAAGAAUAAGGCAGAAGACCUCCAAAUUAGCACAGAUACAUACCUUGGUGGCCCUUGGUCAAAAAAGAAUCCAGUAAAUACUGGAUUUUAUUUUGUGAGGUCAAACAACAAGACCAUUUCCCUAUUUGAAACAUGGUAUGACCAAAAGGACAAUGCCACAGGAAAAAAGGAGCAAGAUGUGCUUAUUGAUCUCAUUAGAGGUGGUAUAAUUGAACAUUUGAAACUAAGGGUUAGGUUCUUGGACACUCUUUAUUUUAGUGGAUUUUGUCAAGAUAGUAAAGAUUUUAGGGCAGUUACUACUAUACAUGCCAACUGUUGUAGGAGCAUCACUGCAAAGGUGGCAGAUAUCAAGGCAGUCCUUCGCGAUUGGAAGAUAUAUAAGAGAUUGGAUGCUAAUUCUACUAUAAAUCUCCAAUGGACUAAGCACAAUUGGUGUUGGCAAUCUUGGAGAACACCUAUAAAAGUAAAAACCUAAGUAUCAUACCUACUUCAAUGAUGUGAAACAACCAAUUUUUUAAUUUAUAUG